UGCCAGGGCAGUCAUGUGAUGUACCGUGCACCUUCCAGCUGCUGGUGAAGAAGUCCCAAGGUGGAACUGAGAAGGUAAGGCCUCAUCUCUGAUCAGCUGAAAAUCUGGGCCUCACUCUGGCCAACAAACCUAAGAAUGGAAAGUUCCUUUAAUUAAAGAAGAUCCUCCAAAAGGUCUUUCUGGACCCCAGUGCUCUGUCUGCUGCCAACUGCUCUCAUAGGCUGUGGACACCUGUUAUCUUGGACAACAGCAGAGAUGCUCUGAACAGCAUGCUUCAUGGGGAAGAGAGUCACAGAUACCAUCAUCUUUGGGACACCUGCUGAGGCAAGUCAAGAACUCUCAUUGUACUUUGCCAAAGGUCUAUGCUGCUGAAGACCAUGCUUCUGAAGUUUCCCUGCAGCUUGUCCUCCACAGUCAUAGGGACUUCCAGGACAUAAAGACCCAUCAUCCUUUACUUAGGAGGAAUGUUGGAGUUAGUCACAUGCACAUGCCCUUCCUUAUCAUCUUGGGGCCUGGCUUGUCAUGCUAUAUCCUUCAGUAAAUCCCAUUUGGAUAGGCUCUAAUUCUCCUCUGCUGAAGAUUCAAUGCUUCUUGCUCGCUGAAAACAAGGGAGUUGAUGGGAUAUCAAGACUUACCACUGGUCUGGAGGGAAUGUCAGCAGUCGUCUUGUGGCUCCCUUCUCUAUCAUCCGGGGAACUGCCCAACGAGACUACAACUCCUACUAAAGCCUCUUGGUACAGAGCCCACAGCAGUCCAGAGGAGCAGGAGGGAAGAAGAAAAUCUCUCAUGUCUUCAGGCACAGGUGCAGAAGCACCUGGAAAUUCCUUCAGCACAAUGGACAUCCAACCUUAUCAAGACAAAGACAAUCCGAGUAUAGGAAGGCACCAAACACAAAGUGUGGAAGCUUUAUGCCCAAGAACUCAUGGGUCUACAACUGUGACCACGAGCCAAGCCUUAGCAGACUUUCAAGCACCAGCCACAUACGUACCUUUAUUUACUACGGACCCAGUACAAACAUUUACUGCUCAAGACAAGGACAGUGUGCAAACAGCCACAUACGUACCUGUGUAUACCACCGAACCGAUACAAACGUAUGCUUUACAGGGAGAAGACAUUCUGAAUGGAGGCUCCUGUGCACCCUUUUGCUCACUUGGGACAACGCAAACACAUACUCUUCAAGACAAGGAGAAUCAGUCUGUUGCCUCAUAUAUACCCAUAUAUUCUCUUGGCACAGUGCAAACACAUUCUUUGCAAGAACUUCCUCAAGUGCCACUCGAUUUAAUAAGCCAGCCUGCUCUUGAAAUAGCAUCACGUGACUAUCAAGAUUAUACCACUCAGAACUAUACAGAAGAAACAUGCACACCGCUUUAUGCUCUUGAACCAGUGCAAGCUUUAGAAGCCAGUAACGACCAACAAGAUGUUGCAAGUACCUUCGCAUCCUUCUUUACUGAACCAUUACAAAUAACUGACGACCAAGAUGCGGAGAACCUGUGUUCAAUAUACCUAAGAAGUAGUCAUCUAGACUCCAGUGGAGGGGAACUCAUGGAAGGAAGGAAGGGAGAAAGGGAAGAAGGAUUAUCUGCCUACUUCGAGCCAGUAGAUGAAGGGAAUGUCAGCAGUGGAGUAGAUGGAGGUCAAGGCCUCAACGAUAGCUCAGAGGGAAACUCUCAGAGUUGGGAGGAGAAGCAAGAACAACUCAAGACCCUGGAGGGAGAAUUCGCCAUCACUAUGUGGGCCACAGAUGAAGAAAACAAGAUGAUCUCUGAUUCCAUGAUAGAAAACCAGGGGCUCCUGGAAGAAGCUCUAGCUUUGGAGGAGCCUGAGAAUCUGACCAAAAAGCAGCUCCCUCCUGAAGAAAUGACUCUGAUCAAUCUCUCCGAUCCCAAGCAACUGGCUGAAUUUAUCCAUCAAAAUAAAUCACCUCAUGAAGCUGAGAAAAAGCUGCCUUGCCCUCAUGAAGAAUGUCCCAAGCUGUUCAGAGAUAACUCCGCCCUGCGGAAACAUCUGCAUACCCAUGGUCCCAAGGGUCACAUCUGUGCAGAAUGUGGAAAGGCUUUCGUCGAGAGUUCCAAACUAAAGCGACAUAAAUUAGUCCAUACUGGAGAGAAGCCCUUUCAGUGCAAGUACAAAGGUUGCGGGAAGCGCUUCUCCCUCGACUUCAACUUGCGCACGCACAUGCGUAUCCACACUGGCGAUCGCCCCUACGUGUGCCCCUUUGAUGGCUGCACCAAGAUGUUUGCCCAGUCAACUAACCUGAAAUCUCAUAUCCUGACCCAUGGGAAGACAAAAUGCAUCAAGUAAAAAGAAAGAGGAAGGAGGUGCUUACAUUCAUACGAAUAUGAUUGCAAAUAAACACAGGUUCCCUUUGUUGUAACAUUUAUAGAAAAUAAUUUUUCUAAAUCAAAUCCCAUCCACAUGGUUCUGUGGGUUCACCUUAUCCAAGAGAAAUCACUCUUUCCCUCUGAUUUCUACUUUCUCCUCCUCCUCAAAAAUUCUCUCUUUUCUUUCUACUACUUUUGCAGUACUUCAGGCUCGCUCUUCCUUUCACCUUCCACCUCCCCACCUCGCACCCGACAUGUAAUCAGUUGUCAAGUUUGGUGGUCCUACCCCUCCAACCCCUUAUAUGGGCCCCUUGCUCUCUACGCAUAAGGAUACCACCCUAGCUUCUGACUUGAUCUUCUCUCUGUUGGACGUUGCAACUGUGUCUCAAUGGAGUUCCUUCCUUUCAACCCAGACUUUCCCCUCUGCCUGAAAUGUCCUCCCCUCCUUAACCUCAACCUAUCAGAUUGCCUUCCUGAUCUCCCCAGUUUUAACUCUCCCAAACCCAGAAGAUAUUAGUGUUUGCUGUUUGUUCCAAGUUAUCUUGUGUUAUAACUUCUGUCUUUACAUGUUAUUUCCCCUAUGAAUUGUGAGACCCUUGAGGGAAGGGGUUGUUUCUGAAAUCUGCCUCUGUAUGUAAAGACUUAUACAUGAUGACAAAUAC